AUGCUGCUCCAUGGACGCCGACCUAAUUAUCUCCGUAGCGUGCGACGUCUCGCGAGUCUGCACUAUACGCGCACCCCCUUGACGCACAAGCCCUUAAAAUUCGAACGCUAUCGCACUGCGUCAUUUGUGCACCCAGCACUGCAGUACAACGUGCUGACCUUUUGUUCCUCCGCGCUGAGCGAGCAGCAUGACCGUGUAAAGACGACAGCAGGAUCUACACCAGCCGUUGUAUCAAGCGAUGCUGGACUGAGUCGGCCCCCCGAUACGGCCAAGGAGAUCCUCAGGUUUCUAAUGGAUCAUGUGUGGCCCAAAGACGACUCCAAAGAAGCUAAGGAGAUCAAGCGAAAGGUGCUCAUCUCGGCCGGUCUCGUGGUAGCGUCCAAGGCACUAACGAUCCAAGUGCCCUUCAUCUUCAAACAGCUGGUAGAUGGUAUGGGCGAUCUGUCUAGUAUUGGAGCUGGAUCCCCCGAGGUGGCGGUGCCGCUGGCCAUGGUCCUCGGCUACGGCAUUGCAAAAUUCAGUGCCAGUGCAUCGUCAGAGCUGGCCAAUGCCGUAUUUGCGACAGUGGCUCAAAACACCAUCCGAACAGUUGCCGUGCGAGUUCUUAGGCACCUGCACAGCAUGGAUCUCAAGUUCCACUUGGAUCGGCAAACAGGCGCGCUAUCCCGCAUCAUCGAUCGUGGGUCUCGAUCAAUUGAUUUUGUGCUACGCGCUAUGGCGUUUCGUGUGGUGCCAACGGUGCUGGAAAUCGGAUUGGUAAGCGCCAUUAUGGCGACAAGCUUCGGGAUGCCAUACGCGGGUGUCACGCUGGGUACGCUUACUGCGUACACGACAUUUACGGUGCUUGUCACGCGGUGGCGUGAUGAGAUCCGUCGUGAGAUGAAUCUACUGGAGAAUGAAGCUGGUGCGAAAGUGAUUGAUUCGCUGAUGAAUUACGAGACGGUCAAGUAUUUCAACAAUGAAGCACAUGAGAUCGAGCGCUACGACGACUCACUUAAAGGUUAUCAGAAAGCGGCACUCAAAACGCAGACGUCGCUGGCGAUGCUGAACGCUGGACAGAACGGGAUCUUCGGCGUUGGUCUCACUGCCAUUAUGUACAUGGCAUGUGAAGGAAUUGCUGCUGGCACGCUCACUGUUGGUGAUUUGGUACUUGUUAAUGGGCUGUUGUUCCAGCUGUCCAUUCCUCUUACCUUCAUCGGUAGCAUUUACCGCGAAGUGCGGCAAUCAGUCACAGACAUGGAGUCCAUGUUCCGGCUGGGCGCUGAAAUGCCAGUCAUUACGGAUUCGGACGAGAACCUCAGCUUGACUGGCAAAGAGCCCAAAUCGAUUGAAUUUCGCGACGUGAGUUUUGGAUACCGCUCGGAACUCCCCAUUUUGCAGAAUACAUCGUUUAAAGUCGAUGCUGGCAAACGCGUUGCUAUCGUCGGCACAAGUGGUUCGGGGAAGUCUACAGUGCUCCGGUUGCUGUAUCGCUUUUAUGAUCCCCAAAACGGCACAAUUCUUAUCGAUGGAAAGGACAUUCGACAGUUGAGACUGGAGGAGCUUCGACAAGCGAUUGCCGUCGUCCCACAAGAUACGGUUUUGUUCAACGACACGAUCUUCUAUAACAUUAACUACGGUCGCCUUGGUGCGAGUCCUAAGGAAGUGAUGCAAGCUGCCCGUAUUUCCCAGAUCCACCGCUCGAUCGAGACAUUUCCGGACGGAUACAACACGCGUGUCGGUGAGCGUGGGCUAAAGCUCUCCGGUGGCGAAAAGCAGCGGGUAUCGAUCGCGCGUGCGAUGCUGAAGGACGCGCCUAUAUUGUUGUUUGAUGAGGCUACAAGCGCCCUCGACUCGGAGACAGAGUCGGAGAUUGUCCGUGAGUUUGCAUCGAUUGGGACAAACCGCACGUCGCUGAUCGUUGCGCAUCGUCUGUCGACGAUUCAAGACGUGGACGAGAUCAUUGUGUUUGACAAUGGGUGCGUGAUCCAGCAAGGCCCUCACGAUGAAUUGCUGCGCGAUGUCAACGGAAAGUACGCUGACAUGUGGGCUCGUCAGAACCACCACGUGCUGGGCCUGCGAGAGGCGGGCGACAACGAGAGCAGCUAA